AUGGACGAAGACGUUGCCGCUCUGGUCAUCGAUAAUGGCUCUGGAAUGUGCAAAGCUGGCUUUGCCGGUGACGAUGCACCCCGAGCCGUCUUCCCAUCGAUCGUUGGCCGACCUCGCCACCAUGGAAUUAUGGUCGGCAUGGGGCAGAAAGAUUCGUACGUCGGCGAUGAAGCCCAGUCCAAACGAGGCAUUCUCAGCCUCCGCUAUCCCAUAGAACAUGGCGUCGUCACCAACUGGGAUGACAUGGAAAAGAUCUGGCACCACACCUUUUACAACGAGCUUCGUGUUGCCCCCGAAGAGCACCCCAUUCUGCUGACCGAGGCCCCGAUCAACCCCAAGUCGAACCGCGAAAAAAUGACCCAAAUCAUUUUCGAAACCUUUAAUGCGCCUGCCUUCUAUGUCCAGAUCCAAGCCGUCUUGUCUCUGUACGCGUCUGGCCGCACCACAGGCAUUGUGCUUGACUCCGGCGAUGGCGUCACCCACGUCGUGCCCAUCUAUGAAGGCUUUGCGCUCCCUCAUGCAAUUGCUCGAAUCGACAUGGCAGGUCGCGACCUCACAGACUAUCUCAUGAAGAUUCUGGCCGAGCGUGGUUACGCCUUCACGACAACGGCUGAACGCGAGAUUGUUCGUGACGUCAAGGAAAAGCUGUGCUAUGUGGCGCUUGAUUUCGAACAGGAACUUCAAACGGCCGCGCAAAGUUCGGCGCUGGAAAAGUCGUACGAACUUCCCGAUGGGCAGGUCAUCACCAUCGGUAACGAACGCUUCCGUGCUCCCGAGGCGUUGUUCACGCCAUCUGUACUUGGGCUUGAAAGCGGCGGCAUUCAUGAGACGGUGCUCAACUCCAUCAUCAAAUGCGACGUCGACGUCAGAAAGGAUCUCUACAACAACGUUGUUAUGUCUGGUGGCACGACCAUGUUCCCUGGCAUGGCCGAUCGCAUGCAAAAGGAGUUGACUGGCCUCGCGCCAUCAUCGAUGAGGGUGAAAAUUAUCGCUCCGCCCGAGCGAAAAUACUCCGUCUGGAUUGGUGGAUCGAUCCUGGCCUCGCUUUCGUCAUUCCAGCAGCUCUGGAUUUCCAAGCAGGAGUAUGAUGAGGCUGGCCCUUCGAUUGUCCAUCGCAAAUGCUUCUAG